GUAUGUCUGUCCAUACAUACGUACAUAUGCAUGCCUAUCAUUAAGUGCGCAACUUAUGUCCUAAAAGCUGUGGAGUAGAAUAACAAAUUAACACAGUAAAUAGGGGGGGGGGGGGUAAUUAAAAUAUUUCCCAAAUUAGUUAAAGCCCUGUACUCUCCUUUAUGAAGGAGGAUUAUUGUGGAAGCAUUGUUUAAUACAGGAUAUAAGGGAGAGCUGUGGAAGUUAGCGAGGCCACUUAGUAGGAACUUGCAACAUCUAAGUAGGGUUUAGCAUGCCUUCGUAUUGUUAAAAGGGAAUUGAUUGGGGCAACAAUGAGUAACAAAAAGUGACUGUGUUGUUAUGGUUUGCUUAUUGUAGGCAACAAUAAAAGCAUUCAUAUAUUUUAUUUAGGUCUGGAACUGGAGGUGGCCCUUCCAAAAAGGUGUACUACACCACAUUUGAAGAACAACUGAUGCCAUUCAUACACGGAGACAGUGUCAGUGCGGUCGCCGGCAUCUAUGAUUCCAACAGGAGUGUUGGCAAAGGUGCUUCUUUGACAAAUGGAAUAGUGGCAAAAAGUCUAGAGCUGGACUGCUGGAGGACUGGUAGGGGCCCAAGUCGUGGAAAAGCUGGCAAAGGACCAAGCCACCUUAGAGCAGGUACCAGAAAAAUAGGAACCUACACACAUCCAUAUCAACCAGGAGACAUUGUGCUCGUACGGAGACUCCAUCCAAAGAAAGGGGGAACCACCCCAUACGGAGAUCCCACGACUGUGAUAGCCAUCACCAGAACCACCGUCCUGACAUCUGACAGCAACCAAUGGAUACACGCAAUGUGCCUCAAGAGGGCUUCAGGGAAGGUUACUCCACAGGAUACCCCAUCCUUGGAUGACGGCGACUGCCCCUUGUGGCCCCACCUUGUCCUCGCCCCAGGAAACAGUGGUCACAUCUGUAAAAUCCUCGUUCUAGGAGGUUUUGUCUACUUUAUCAUUUUCCUCAGCACCAUGUGUGCAUAUCACCCUGAGGAGCUACCCUGGUCGUAUGGACAGUCUCCGCACCGCCCCAACGGGAACAUAACAGUACAUGGCACGGGUUGUUCUUAACACUAGUUACAUGUGUCUAAAGGAUGUCACUAAUGCAACUGAACUGAUUGAGACUUGCUUCGUAGCUGUCGCUACUCCCACUACUGUGCUUACUGACAUUUUUCAUGCUAAAAUAAUGACUCUGAAGUGCAAGAUUCUGAUACUGAAACACAUGUCCCCAUAUAUGCUUAUAUUGCAGACCAAUAUGCUACUAAACACAUACGAAA